UGCGUCUUUAAAGACGUUUCUUUCAUUUCUUUGCGUAUGUUAACCCUACUAGCGACACGCAGAAACAACGCAGCAUCCGAACGCUUUCAAGCGGAAGCAAUUUGUCGAAGCGAAUUUCAGUUUUAUUGAAUCGCGUUCAACGUUACUACAUUACACAAACUAAUAAUUAAUGUAAUUUAUAAGCGACAGACGGUCGGUUCGGUAUUUAAGAAUAUGGCGUUUUUCCAAUUGGUCCUGAAAGCUAGGAAACUUGAAAAGAGUAGAUUGAUAUAUGAAGAUGAGAAAUUGAAAUCAAUCGAGAUCUUCGGAGGAGACAAGCCGUCUGUCACUUUGAAGCAACGUCUUCGACGAAAGAGAUUCAGGUACAAAAAGAAGCUUACACAUCUCUGGAGCGGAAUUGUUUCCUCUAUAAAGUAUACUUGGCUGUACAAAAAGGCGAGACUCGUUCGUAUCGACGGUUCGCUGGAGAAUUAUAUUCUGAAGAGCGUGUUUGGAUUUUUGGGCGGUAUAUUUUUCACGUAUAUAUUUUUUGUGUUUUUUGUAUUUCAACUAAACUUUAGCCUCACCUCCGCCACGAUGUUGUGCUCGGUACUCGGAAUGAUUCUCACGCUUGGAUUGGCAUUUUCUUAUCGCGUAAGAUGCAUCGUCUUUCUAUUACUGCCGCAGUUCUUUUCCAAACGUGGCAGGCAAACCUUGAUGGCUUAUGCUUUUAUUCUAACGCUCACCGGACCGGGAAAGAACACCCUGCACAACACCAGUGUACUUUCGGAGUCUUUAGUCUGUGGACAGGAGCAAUUGAAGCAAGCUAUAAAGAGCGUGAUCGACUUGAUAAAGCAGCCUUUCUACGCUCUGAGAGACGCGAUAUCGAAAGUGAUAAAGACAGUGAAGGUGGUCGUGAGGAAGAUCAAGCGGACUCUCGUGGCUAUCAAACGACUCGUGCUUAGUAUAUUGAGAGUAAUUACGUCGGUUUUCCAAUGGCUCGGAAGCGUCGUGAAUAUUUGCAACAAGAAGCUGGGCACGCCAUUCGACAGAUGUCAGAGGGUCUUCGAAGGUGCAGUGGCCGACUGCAAGGCGAAACUCGGCCCUCUUUUCGGAGGGAUUUGCAAUUUGACGUACGUCGUUGGUGCCUUGUGUUACAUAGUGAAGCCUUUGGACUUGAUCUGUAUAAUGGUAUCUUACGUGGCCGACACUAUAGUCGACGCUGUGCGCAAAAAAAUCAAAAGGUUCGCUCGCCACGUGAAGGCAAUGUUUUAUGUUAAAGUAAAAUUCUCUCACGCUUUCCACUUGGAAACGAACCAGAGUAAAACUAUCGAGGAUAUAUCUGCCGAUAUAAUCGGCGAGGUUCGAUCAAGAACCGACAAGUUUUUAGCCGUUUUCGACUGGAUGAGCUUUCUGACAGCGUUUUUCGUGUUAUUCAUGUUGCUGAGAGUCAUGCAUUAUCGAUACAAGUGGCUAACGAGCGAACGAUUCGACAAUCGAUACUUGACCGACGAUUUGCGCACCAUAGACCUAGUGAGGACGCGGCAGGACAAGGAGACCGUCCUACCGUUAAACCCUCGCGAGAGAAAUCAAUACAUCCCACUGACGUCCGUGACAUUGAUCAAGGUGGAAAAAGUAAAGCUCGCGAAAUCAGCCGUCUUUUUGGGCUUGGCAACUUUGAAAAUUUGCAUCCACAUGAUGGCGGACUAUAGUCUUUAUUGGAUUCUCAGCACCAUCAGGUAUCACGGACGGAUUGAAACGAAGGUACAACGACCCAAUUCCGUGGGCGUCUAUGUGUCUGGCAACGGCUAUCUCGCCGACCUUUACACGAAUAUCGUAAGAGCCUUUGCACCGCGUAUCAAGGAUACAGAGAUUGACACGACACCCUGCCUUCCAGAUCCCAUACCUCCCGAUCUGGACAGGUACACGCAAAUUGCGACGCUGAUUGUCUUCUGCUGGAUCAUGACGGUAUUCGAACCUUACGGAUUGAGACUGCGGCACGUCGUCAUGUGCAAAUAUCAUCCGGAUCGAGCCAAGCAAAGAGCCGUUUGGCUGUAUAAUCAUAUUCUUAGAUCGAGAGGGAGUUUUCUCAAGUUUGCGCGGCGCCAAUUGCGCCGCAAGUUCGGUAUGGGUGAAAAUCAGAGAAUUGAGAGGAUCACGUUUCGAGAGCGAUGCCUGGCGAUUUGCCCGCUCCUGAACAAGUUGUUCCCUCAGAAGCAGAACACGUGCCUCUUGUGCGGUGCUGUGGAGCGUUCCGAUCAGGAACCGCACAUUAAAUGCCCCACGCCCGGCUGUGUCGGUCUCUUUUGCACGCGGUGCUUCGUAGACUUGCAGAAUAUCUGCACGAUUUGUCGAUCGCCCAUCGAGUACGGCGAUUUGUCGGAUAUGAGUGAGGAAAAGUAAGGUUCGACAACUACAUGUUGCGCUACUUUGACUAAUAUGAGUGUAAAAAUAUCCACGAUAUCCACGAAAUAUUUUAAUAGAGAUUCAUCUGACGUUGAGCCAUUGAUUACGAAAGAAGAACCGGCGCCAAAAGUCAAACUAGAGGAACCAGCUAUAGUAAGGCCUGUGUCGAUAGCGCGGGAUGAGGAGCCGGUUGUAGAACAGCUACCCGAGGAAGAAUUCAAGGUGGAGGAAAUAAUACUCGAAGAAAAGGAGAGAGAAAGAGACAAAAGUAUAGCCGUGGAAAAAGAGGACAAAAUCAUACAGAGGGAUGACUACGUCGCUGACAGUAGUUUGAGUUUGGUCUGUAGUUGUACUUAUCAAGACGAAUCGCCGCGAAGGAUUCAAGUCGAGCAUCGUAAAAUGCCCUUCAAAGACAUCGAAGCGCAAAAAAUACGAGAAGACGUAACGAUACAGAUUUUCAACGAUUCACUGGCGAAGGAAAUCACUUCGAGCAGCGAGGAUCUAACAUCCUGUCUCGUGGUAAAAGCUCGUAGGAGGCCGCGAUCGAAGAGGAAAUCCUGCUCUUGCCCGCGCAAGGACCAUUUCAACUCGUCUACGUCGAUAGCGGAUACCGAGUCCUGGCCGACAGAGGAGGUGGAUGAAGAAGAGACGAUUCACAUCGAGAUGGAUGACAGUUCGAAGGAAUUGCUCUUAAAAGACGUCGCUGCUGAAAGAAAGAGUCGCGCAAGAAGAAUCGUCGCUGCAAUCGCGAGAAUUCCUUGGCUCGGAAGGAAAUCGGUUGAUCAAGACAACGGUGCAGAAUGGCGGCGAACGAGGAGACCAUCUGUCAUCGACAAGCUAGCUGGAAUACUUCCGGGAAAUCAAUCCAUUUCGCCUGUUCGAACGUGUCGACGAGUACGUGUUACGAAAAAGGAAGCGAAGCGUGACGACUCCUCCGCUACUUCGUCUUCCUCAGACAAUGAGAAUGAGCAGAGCGCGCUCCUAGAGACGCACGAUCGGCAAGUAGAUCGUUUGCAAAUUUCAGACAGGGACGAUUUUCAAGAUAAUAUUUACAGCAGAAAUUACGAUUCGCAUCGUGAACGACGCGGAGCGUUUUGUCGCCGACCGGGUCUUCGCGCGAGAAUCGACGACGUCAAUCCGAGAUAUCCUCGCGAGAAGAAAUUCACAACGAAACAAUCGCCAAGUCCAACGCGAAGAAAGUUGCAGCAAACAGGGAGAAGAAAAUAUGACACAGUUACGCGGAAGAGCAGACCGGAAAUACCUAUGCUGAAGAAAUAUCUACCUGCGUAUCAAACGCCAGAAUUAAUGGAAGAGCUGAAGGAGCACGACAGAACGAGAUUGAUUCAAGAACGUGAAGCUAGAAGAUGGAUGGCUUUGAGCGCUCUUCGAGAUACGACAGAGUCUCCUCCGUUUAGUGCCAAAUCGAGAGAUCAGACGUCUCGCGAUACUUGGGUCUCUGCGACGAGGUUAAGCGAGGGAACUGUUGUGCAUCCACUUCCGUAUCAGGAAACUCAAGCAUUCAAGGAUGUAUUGCGUGAGCUUCGAAACAAGGUGGCUUCCAAGCGGCCUUCAAUACUGUCGUCUCAGCGCGCAGACAAAUGUAAAGAAUUGAAGCAAUUAUUUCCUCCUUCCGAAAGCGAAGCGUCGUAGAAGAGUGACGUCAAAAUUUGAUGAAGCAAUAAAUCAAAUCUUAGUUGUAUAAUUGUUAUAUACUUGCGAGAAAUUGAACAGAUAUUAGGAAAGCUGAGAUGGGUUGUGCGUGUAAAUUAUAUUCUUAUAACCUCGACUUAAUUGCGAAACAUGAAACUGCUCGAUACGUUGACAAGCAACGUGGAAACUAAAGUAAGCUAAAUUGAAAUUAUACUGAGAGAAAAAUCUUCGUUUUUUUAAUCAAUGGAUAUAUUGUUCAAGCGGUACGAUAUAUACGAUCAAUUUCGGAGCUUUCCAAUCAAGUGUUAUCUGAUAAAACAACAAGGAUUUUCACAUUAAGUAAAUAAAUAAAUAAAAGGAACGAUAUCUGAUGAGAGAAAAUCAUACAAUAAAAUCAACCAGGUAUGUUGCAAUCAAAUUUCAGAGAAUUGAACGGAAAAUUGAACGGAAAUGUCAGUUUGUUAAUUUUUCGUCGACAUAUUCGUAUUUAUUAAAGAAUAUUUAUCGAAUAUUUCUCUUAGCGUACAUUUUAUACGCUCGCUGCUGCCUUUCUUGCACUAUUUGGUAAAAUCUAUGUAAUUGAUAUUGCGAUAUUUAGCAUUAAUUGUGUAUAGUAAGUAUGAGAGAACAUGCGAUACAAGCUGUUUCGCGAUCACCUUAGCAAGGAUCAUCGAUCUGGUGUUUCGAUUCUGAAAGUACAUAUAAUAACGCGAUUAUAAGAAAUGUGUACUGAUAUAAUGA